AAAAUCCAAAAAAUAAUAAUAUACAACAUAUAAAUUUGAGCAAUGUAUGCUGAUACCUAAAUUUAACAUAAAAAUUGAUUUGACAUGAACAUUUGGACGGAGAAUCAAUAUAUAUUUUAAGUAUUUUUGGUGUUUUGAACAUUGUUUAACUAUUUUCGUUAUUUACUUUUGAAUAUUGUAUAUAUUUCCAAGUAUUUUGGACAACUUCAAAAUAUCUUAUACAUUUUGGAUUUUUUUGGAUAUUAACUCUAAAAGUAGCUAAUAUAUUCAACUAUAUAAAUCUGAUUCGGAUACCCGAAAUAUUUUGGUUCGGAUCGGGUUCGGUUCCGGUUCUCUAGAUACCAAAGUUUUGAACCCGUUCGGAUAUUUAACCAGUUUCAAUUCUGUUUCGAUACUACUUUUUCAGAUCGGUUUCGGUUCAGUUCUUUGGAUUCAGAUUUUUUGCCCAGAGCUAAACCCUAGAUCAAAUGAUCUUUUAGCUUUAUUUUUAAAGCCUUAAUCUACCUGUAAUAUCUUAAACAUUUCUGACAGAGUAUCUAUAUAUUAUAAACUGAGCUAAAGAGCAAAUGAUCACAAUACUAAUUGGUAUACAUUCAUGAACUAUCAGAGAGAUGGGAUAAAAGCGGAGCCGCCAUUUCCACUUCUCACUCCCACUUUCCAAGCUCUUUUAAGGGUAAGUUCGAUAUCUAUGCUCGUCUUAAUCACCCAUUAAUAUUCUCACAUCAAUAGAUCAAAAAGCAUAAUUUCUUGACUACAAGUAUUCUUAUUCCAUAUAGAUUGUUCCUUUAUGCUAUCAAUAAUAAUUUUAUAGGCUAGUGAACAUUAGAAAAGACUGAUUAAUAUAAGUUGAAAAAUAAAUUAAGAAUAAUCUCAUCCCUCCAUUAUUCGAAUCUUAUGUAAUAACUAACUACUAGUUUGAUCAUUUCAGUUUUGUGCGUGUAAAUCUCACAAUAUAAUUAAUAAUUCUUGAUGCGUAUAUUUGUCUACUGCAAAAUUGACUAAACGAAUAAUAUAUUCCAAGUUGAACCAAGAAAAUCAAUAUAUUCUAAGAAAAAAAAGAAUAUUGGAAAUGACAUAUUUCACAGGGAAUUACCCAAUUAAUAUAAGGUCUUUUUAAACUCUCUCCAAUAAUAGUACUAUUUGGUAGAUUUCUAAACGGCCUGAACCUAAAUAUAUAUAUAUUAGACGUAAAUAAUAGCAAGUCAUUUUCAAAAAGUUUUGAAAAACUCUCUUUUAAAAAAAAAAACUCCAAAUUGGAAAGCUCCCGUAUAGUUUCUGAAGCCAACAAAAUAAUAAAACUGUAGCUGCUAUGUUCCUUGCUUAUACUUCACGUCAUACAAUUUAAUACUAGAAGAUUAUUAAAUAAAAUAAAAUCCUAUGUCCUCGGAAAAUCUGCUGACUUUUUUAAAAUUGCAACAGUCACCCCUUCCUCUAUAUAAAACCCUAGCUACUUCACACUUGUUUUCAGUUCUCUCUAUCUAUCUCUUUCCUCUGUGUUUAGAGUUUGUGAUAAAGAAAAAUAUGACAACGGUUGUGGAGGUUAGAGAAUACGACCCGAGUAAGGACUUAGCCACCGUGGAAGACGUUGAAAGGCGGUGCGAAGUUGGUCCGACCGGAAAACUCUCUCUCUUCACCGAUCUCUUAGGUGACCCCAUUUGCCGUGUCCGACAUUCACCUUCUUACCUCAUGCUGGUGGCUGAGAUUGCUACAGAGGAUAAGAAAGAGUUAGUUGGAAUGAUUCGAGGAUGUAUCAAAACCGUUACAUGUGGUAGCAAAACACUCGAUGUUACUACCAAACCACUUUACACUAAACUCGCAUACGUUUUGGGCCUCCGCGUUUCUCCUACUCACAGGAGGCUAGGAAUAGGGUUUCAGCUCGUGAAGGAGAUAGAGAAAUGGUUUAAUCAAAACGGUGCAGAAUAUUCCUACAUUGCUACUGAAAACGACAAUCACGCUUCCGUUAAUCUUUUCACCGGAAAAUGUGGUUACACUAAGUUUCGUACACCGUCCAUUUUGGUUAACCCGGUUUACGCACACCGGGUCAACGUUUCUAAUCAGGUUACGGUUUUCAGGCUUGAGCCGUCGGAUGCUGAGUCACUAUACCGGCUAAAUUUUAGCACAACCGAGUUUUUUCCACAAGACAUCGACUCAGUUCUUAACAACAAACUCUCGCUUGGAACAUUCAUUGCUGUUCCACGUGGCAGCUGCUACGGGUCCGGGUUCGGGUCAUGGCCCGGUUCAGCUAAGUUUCUCGAGUAUCCACCUGAUUCUUGGGCGGUUUUAAGUGUGUGGAACUGUAAAGACUCGUUUAAGUUAGAAGUUCGUGGUGCAUCGAGACUACGGCGCGUGUUGGCCAAAACAACGCGUUUGGUUGAUAAAACGCUACCGUUUUUGAAAAUUCCAUCUAUUCCAGCGAUUUUUCAGCCAUUUGGACUUCAUUUUAUGUAUGGCAUUGGUGGUGAAGGACCAUGCGUGGAGAAAAUGGUGAAAGCGUUGUGCGGCCACGCGCAUAACCUGGCUAAAGAAGGAGGAUGUGGUGUCAUAGCGGCGGAAGUGGCCGUAGGAGAGCCAGUCCGGAGAGGGAUACCACAUUGGAAGGUGCUAUCGUGUGAUGAAGACUUGUGGUGUAUUAAACGGCUUGGUGAAGAUUACAGUGACGGCUCUGUUGGUGACUGGACUAAAUCGCCACCUGGCAAUUCCAUUUUUGUUGACCCUAGAGAAUUCUGAUAUUUCAAAUUAGAUUAUGUUAGAAAACGAAUAUUUAUCUUUCAUGUCAGAUUGGAUGUCUUUUAACCUUUGGAAUGAAUGAUGUAGUAAGAUUCUUUCAAAUAUGUAUCUUGUUUAAAAGAGAUUCUAAGGUAUACUUCUUUAUGAUAAAUUGAAGGUAGUAUUUUAUAAGCAAAAUCUUGGAUGAAAUAUCCCUUGUUUGAAGGGAAUUUGUAUUUGUUAAAACAGCAAUCUUAAAUUCAAGUAAUAUUUUUUUUGUAAGAUUGAAACAAGUAAAGAUGAAAAGGAAAGGAAAAAAAAGAUCUCCAACAAUUUUAAAAAUUAAAAAGCCAUUUCAGAUCUUCUCCGUACGUCUUACAAGAAGGGGUAGUAUUACGUAUGUCUCAUACAUAUCAUAGGCAUAAAAUUGAUUAUUAAUUUUUGUAAGCAAGAACAAUUUUAGUACAUGCAGUUCUUGUUUAUUUACCCUAAAUCUCUUUAUUUAUUCUACUUACUUUUCCUAUAAAUCAACAAAACGAAGUUACUGGUAGUUUAUGUCAUUUAACUGAAAACAACAUGCGCAGGGUGAGAUUAUGUAUACAAAUAAUUUUUAUAUAUUUUGUGUUUACAUAUUAUGUAUAUAAUUAAAAUAGAUAAAACACAUAAAUCAAAAAACAUCUCUUAUUUAUUUGCAAUAAUUGUUUUGGUAAAUAUAUCAAAACAGUCAUUUUGUUUAUUUUAUAUAGUAUAUAAUUAAAUUUUAAUGAUAUUGGCAUAAAUAUGUAGUAUAUUUUAGUAUAAAUAUAUAUUAUCGAGACUUAUUACUUAUAUGAUUUUAUUU